AUGUCCAUGCGCGCCAAGAGCAUUCGUAACUCUUACGUGAAGCCUACAACUUCAUCUGGUCGAACUUGUUUCUUGUCACUCAUUUCUCGACUUCCGCCCGCCCAGCAAGACCUUACCACCGUGCCUGGAACGCCUGCAACUCCUUCAACGCACGACUUAAUUCACCCAGGCCAAGAGCCGGGAAAUGACAACGCAUUGAACGAUGAGACUGUACCCAAAACUCGACGGUCAUCGGAGCACUGGGGCAAUGACGAGGUUCAAGAAGGUGCAUUUGACGGUAAGGCUGCACAGACAGCGAUCGAGACGCGGCACAUCAGCCAAACGCUUCAGUCUGCGCACUUCUCGACAGCUUUAGAAGACCGUCGUCAGCUGCACCUCCCCACGGUGAAGCAGCUACGACGGCGUCUACAGUGGCGCAUCGGUAACCUGUCUCGACCGAUAUCACCCGUGGGAGAGCUGAACAGCUUUAGAGAGCUCGUAGUCUUUGGCUUUGUAGUUUUCCAGAUCUUCUACGUCCCGUUUGCCCCGAUUUACCUGAACCACGGCGAGCAAUCCCAGCAAAGCACAAACAUUACGAUGGAGCUGGUACUUCUUGGACACACCCUGCUCAACUUUAACACGGUCAUCUUCGAUCCAAAAUGCUUGACCUUGGUUGAGGAUCGCCAGGAAAUUGCUCAAAGAUACCUGGCUUUGUCGACUUGGGAGGCCCUCUUGGGUCCGAUAGGCAAAAUAUGCCAGACGUCGGGCGGAGCGCAUAUCUCGGUACUCGCAGUAUCAGCGAAGCUAUUCGGCGGAAUUGUCGUUGCUGCGCACUACCUCGCGUGCGUGUUACGUUGUCUUUUGAACACUUUCCAGGUCGAAUUCAGUUCGGAGACGCCAGUAGCUUUGUACGCCCGAGAUCUGCUCCAAGUCGUAUCAACACUGUUCGGGAACGGCUGGGAAACGGGGCACCCAAAAGCCGACGCGUUUGGCGCCUUUCUCGUGCUUUUAGGUGUGAUGUUGACUGCCUACAUCACGAGCCGGGUGGCCAUGGAGAUGCUACUGGCCGCAUCCAGGAGCAACAAGCCGCCACCAAGCUCAGAUGUAGCUACGCCGCCACUAAAAGGCAAUGGAUUUGAGCCCGUUGGCACCUCGGUAUCGCAGCGCCGAGCACUUUCUCGAAAGCCCACUAGGCUACCUGGAAUGCUUCCAGAUCCCAUUUCGUUCAAGACUCAGCGCUCGACCUUGUGCGAGUCAGCCGCUCGAACCGUCGAGUCUACUUUCUCCAAAUGGAGCUAG